AGUGCAUGGGGUGAGACUGCAUCAUUUGCUUGCUUCUAGUCCACAAGUGAAAACAACAUGAAAACCUUCGUUUGCUUAAUGGCUAUCGUAGCUGUCGCUUCGGCAGGAUACUUGGGAGGCGGCGGUGGUUACGGAGGAUUCGGAGGCGGUAGUAUCGGUGGUGGUCAUGGAGGAUUCGGUGGCGGAAGCAUCGGUGGUGGCCAUGGAGGAUUGGGACUUGGUGGACUCGGAGGUGGACAUGGAGGUUAUGGAGGCGGUGGAUUCGGUGGUGGUCACGGAGGAUAUGGCGGUGGCGGUUUCGGAGGCGGAAUCGGUGGUGGAUCCGUGAAGGUCAUCAAAGUCAUCUCAUCAGGCGGAAGCGGAUUCGGAGGUGGACAUGGAGGAUACGGUGGUGGAAUCGGAGGAGGAUAUGGUGGUGGAUUCGGAGGCGGAUAUGGUGGUGGACUUGGAGGAGGCUACGGCAAAAAAUGGUGAAACAAAAUUGCAGAAUUAUACCCAUAACUAAAGUCUGAUACUUGUCAACUUUGGAUAUUGUUUUGUUAUUUUUAUAACGCUAAAACUUUUGUAAUAAAAUUGAAAACGAAAA